AUGAAUUAUAAUAACUUUGAAAAUUCGAAGGGUGAUGGACAUUCUAGGCUUCCCAAACCUACAUACUCCGGAACGCUAUCAGAUGGCUAUGAUGAAUCGAAAAUUAAAAGGCAAAAAACAGACUCUGCUUUUAAUGCAGCUUACUCACCUCAUAUGUAUCCGAACUCUCCGUAUUAUGAAGGUUCAUGGAAUACCGGUUAUACUCCUCAACUUCAUCAUGUAGCCCCUCAUAAUCAAUAUUUCCAUCCAAUACAACCGUCCACUCAGUACAAUUAUACGAGUCCUCCCAAUUAUACAGAAAAUUACAUACCGCCAGUUCAUCAGAAUAUAUCUUAUGCACCAGCGCUUAAUUUACAGAAGUGGCCAUCAUCAUAUUGUGAAAACACUCAAGCCUUAAAGAAUGAUAAAGAUUACCAAACAUCAAUUAGUUAUGAAGAUGUUGCAAUACCGACCGUAAAGGAAAUACAAUUGAUUGAGAAAAACAGAGGGAAAGAUACGUUUAUGAAUGAAAUAAGUCCAGUACCAUCAAGCAAGGAUCAAGCAUCUGCGGAGCCUACAGAAAUCCCAAGAAAGGAUCCCGAGCUGGCAAAUUCUAAUGCCGAAGAUGAUCAUAAUAACUUAGGGCUAGAAGAUGAUGAUCGUGAUGAGCAGUUAGAAUCAGAGGGGUUGGGUAAGGUGGUUUUGGUUCCUGGAACCUCCAUAGCAUUGAUUACUGAUGAAGAUGUUAAAAAGUGGAGAGAAGAAAGAAAAAAAAUGUGGCUACUGAAAAUAUCCAAUAACAAACAGAAACAUAUGCAAGAAAUGGGCAUAAAGGAAGAUGAACUGAAGAGCCAACCUAGCAUUUUCAAAGAGUCAAGGAAAGAAAAGCAAUUUAUACAGAGUAUUCAAAAUCAAGUGCAGAGAGGAAAUCCGAAGAUUGACUUGAACUUGAAAUUGAUACAGCGAGAAUUCGCAAACGAAAACUCCCAACUUUUGGACUUUAUAAGAGAAUUGGGAGAUGUAGGAUUACUUGAAUAUGAGCUAUCUCAACAAGAAAAAGAUGUACUUUUUGGGAGCUCUGAAGAUAAUAAUAAAAAUCAUUACAAACCAAAUUACAAAAACAGGAAACCUAAUCUGAGUAGAGCCAACUUUACUAGAAAUAAGUAA